GCUCCUAACACAGUGCACUAUGAAAGAGUUUUUUUUUCUUUGUAAAUAAUCUAAGAACUACAAUGCCAAUAUUAGAUAUAUAUUCUAGUAAUAUCAAAUAUUUGUAUAGAGUAAGAAUUUGCUCCAUUAGUGCAUUUGUUGUACUAAUAGCAGUUAUAUUUACACUAGUAACUCCAUUCAUUUUUGUCUAUCAUGCAGGGGGGUUUUGGAUUAGAACUAGGACAUACUGGGAGAAACCAAAUGUUCAUUUCAAGCAUAAAUACUUUUUAUUGAUCGAACAAGAGAAUUCCAAUCCCAUGAUCUGUUCCACAUUUACUCAUUAUAAAGAUAAUGCUAUUAAAGAUGACUGUCACAUAGUCAAGAUCCAAGAAGUGGAUAAUGAUAAAAACGGAUUCCAAGAUUUGCUUCAUUUUGAAGCUGUUUUCUUCACAAGUAAACCUAUCAGAUCACUUAUGCUGCUAUUAUUUUUUAAUUACGAAUUGAAGGAGCAUAUUCAUGUGGUGCUUGAAGCGAUGACAGUGAUAGAAUAUACAGUGGCACAUGAAGUUCAGGAACUACACUUUAUUGGGGAUUUGAUGCUCCGACAAAACAAUGUUCUACUUCAUGACGAAAUCUACUAUUUGGAGGACAACAGUACUGACCUAAAUACAUUUUCAUUAUCUGACUUGUUGGUGGAAAACAGCAAUCGCUUACUUUCAGGUAAAAUUGACAAUCUAAGAGUGUUCCCCAAGUUGGGAUUCAUCAAAGAUGAGCCAGUGAGAGUAAAAGCAGAAGUCUUUUACGUCACCCAGUCGAUGAACUAUCAGCCAGGCUUUUGGGAAGAAAUGAAGUGGGCAUGGAUGCAGUAUCUAUCUAUUCUGGUGGUCGUGAUAUACUUUGUAAGAAGAGGCCUGACGAGAAUGUUUGCUGCCAAGCGUUUGAGGAGUUACAUCGUGGUACCAUGGGAUAAGAUUAAGUAAAUUUUUUAAGAGUUUUAUAUGUCGAUGUAAAUUUUGUACCAAUAAAAUCAGUUUUUUAUAUAA